CGCGCGCUCAAUCGCCGCCGCGUUCUCCGCCUCGAAACCCUAGCUCUCCUCCUCUUCGUCGUUGUCCACCUCUUCCUUUCCAUGCCGCCUAGAAAGAGAGCUGCUGCCGCCGCCAGCAGAAAGCCGAACCAGGGCAACCAGCCAUCGCAGCCUUCCAAGUACGGGAUCCAGCACUUCUUCGAGCGGCACUCCCAGUCCCAGGCUGCCGCUCCCUCGGUCGCAGCAGCGGGACCCUCAAAGCCUCACCCUGUUAGGAAUCCUAACCAUCCAUCUGCUAAUGACCAGCUGCCGCAUUCGCCAGAUAUUGCCCCUGCCGAUGGUGGCGAAGAGUCGUCGCAUAUCUCUCCAUCGGUGGUAAAGUCGUCCGCUAAAAAGCGAUUUAAGUUCUCCCCUGGAAUGUUGAUAAAGCAAAGUCAAGAUGAUGGGGUAGACGAAGUUACUUGGAAGAUCUCUCCGGUCAAUGAACGACUUCACUCAAUCUCCUCGAGACGGUUGUCUGGGAAAAUGAAAGGCUUCUGCGACACAUCGAGGCCGCAAUUAUCCACCCUUCGUCCUUGCUCUUCGAAUCAGGAUCCUCGUUCUAAUAGCAAAUUCGAGAAGUGGAUUUGUUCUGAAUCCACUGUUACUAGUGAUAAACCCUUGGAAUUGUCAGAAAAUAUAUUUAAAGAAACAGGGGCAUUCCCCAGCCAGCAGAGCAAUGUCGAUUCUUCUGCAGUGGACUUCAAGAGACCUUUUAGAACUCCCCCAUCUAUGCCGUAUGAGUCCAAAGAGUUCAUUGGUAGUAGUGGAGAAAUGGAGCAGUUGGGUUCCCAGAAGUACCAGAAGACAUUACUGGAGCUUCUAGAUCAAGUUGAAGAUGCAAUCACCGAUGAACCAGUUCCAGGUAAUCAGAAGGAAUGUGAGCAUCGUCAUGCUACAAAUGCAAAAAAUCAGCCUGAACCCAGUGUUUCUGGCAGAAGCAUUGGAGCCAUGUCUAAAACAGAUCCAUCAUAUACACAUUAUGAUACUUUUCUGGUGCUCGAGGUAUCAGAAAAACAUAAGAGCAGUGAUCCCUGGUGCUGCCAAAGUCCUGUAAAGAUUAUUCGGUUGCUGAAUGAACAAAGUGGCCAGGAGAGGAUUUUGCAUCUAUGUGAUGAGUGGUUCUAUAGUGUCAUUGGACCUGGUGAUACUUUAAAUGUGGUUGGAGAGUUUGAUGAUGCAGGGAGAUGCACUGUUGAUCGUGUUAAAAAUCUUAUCAUUGUUCAUCCAGACAUACUCCUAUCUGGAACUCGGGUUGCCUCCAGUUUUACUUGUCCUAGACGAGCUGUGCUAGAUGAGAGGUUGAAGACUACUGAGCAUUCUUCUGUUGCAUUACUUGGUACCUUGCUUCAUCAACUCUUUCAGGCUGGACUUCUCAAGGAUUUGCCUUCUAGACAGUUCUUGGAGGAGUAUGCAGGAAUUAUCAUUCAGAGAAACAUUGAGGAUAUAUAUGCAUGUGGAGCCAAUGAGAAAGAUUUUUUCUCCAAGCUUAUAGAUGCAAUUCCAAGAAUAUUAAACUGGCUAACAUGUUUUAAAGAGAAAGAGGAAGGAAAUAGUGUGCCUAUUGAUUUUGGACAACUGGAUGGUGUGAAGGGUAUUUGCAUAAGUGAGGUUAUGGAUAUUGAAGAGAUGGCACAAGCCCCAACAUAUGGCAUGAAAGGAGUAAUUGAUGCUUCAGUCUGUGUAAAAGUUACUUCUAGCAAUGAUGAGUCAUAUGAAACAAUAAUGCCUUUGGAAUUCAAGACUGGUAAAAGAAACAAUGGUCAGGCUGCAAUGGAGCAUUCUGCCCAGGUGAUAUUGUACACUCUUUUGAUGUCUGAAAGAUAUUUGAAAAGGGAUAUCAAUAUUGGCCUUCUAUAUUACCUCCAGACAGAUCAGACAAGGGGUGUCAAAGUUCAACGAUCCGACUUAGUUGGGCUAAUUAUGCGCCGCAAUGAACUAGCAACUGAUGUCCUAAAGGCUUCAAGAACACGGCACCUACCUUCAAUGCUACAGAAUCUAGCAUUGUGCAAAGUUUGUCGCCAUCUUAAUAUCUGCACAAUCUUUCAUAAGGCUUAUGGAGGUGAUUCUAAUAGCAGUGGACUUGGUGAUUUCUUUGAUGACCUUGCGGGCCACUUAACUGUUUCUCAUUCUAAUUUUCUUAAGCAUUGGGUUCGUUUGGUUGACUUGGAAGCUCAGGCAUCUAAGGUCAAUAAGAAAGAAAGGUUCUCUUCACAUACUCCAUGGGAUGAGAACAGUACCAGAAGCAGUUCUUACAUCCUUGUUGAUUUUAAGAACGAAUUUUCAGGCAGUAAUUCUUCUAGAAAUGACAGAUUCAAGUAUUGUUUUGUGCUGAAUGAACAGAAAGCUCAGGACCAAUAUGAUUUUUCUAAACUCAGAAUGAGUGAUCAUGGUUCCACACUUAAACGUGGUGAUCAUGUGGUGCUUAGCACAGAGUCUGGACAUCUUGCUGUUGCAACUGGAGUAAUAGAUGAUAUUGGUAAAUCACAUAUAUCUGUUUUUUUUUCUCGGCGAUUACGACUCCCAAUAUGUGAACAUUCACUAGAUCUAGGUCGUCUUGGUCAAGAAGUUUGGAGAAUCAAUAAGGAUGAAUUUGCUUCCUCUUUUACAACCAUGAGAUACAACCUUGCACUGUUGUUUACUCAAAGUUUGCAAUUUGGACGUUUGAGGAAGAUGAUUGUGGAUCUUGAGGUACCUAGGUUUGAUAGUGAAGGAACAUUGAGUCAAGAUCCAGCACUGUCAUAUAUACGCUCACAAAAAAAUUUGAAUGAUGAUCAAAGGAGAGCCAUUCAAAAGAUUCUAGCUGCAAAGGAUUAUGCCCUUAUUUUAGGGAUGCCUGGCACUGGAAAGACAUCCACGAUGGUGCAUGCUGUGAAAGCGCUACUGAUGAGAGGAUCUUCCAUAUUACUCACUUCAUACACAAAUUUAGCCAUUGAUACCUUGCUUAUCAAAUUAAAAAAUAAGGGCAUUGAUUUUGUGCGUAUCGGAAGACGUGAAGCAGUGCAUUCUGACAUUCUUGAGUAUUGCAUCCCAGCAGAGAACAUAGGCACUGUGAAUGACAUCAAAGAAAAGAUGGAACUCACUCGUGUAGUUGGAGUAACUUGCUUAGGAAUAAAUCAUCCAUUGCUUACGAAUAAGAAGUUCGACAUCUGCAUAAUAGAUGAGGCUGGGCAAACCACUCUUCCCAUUUCAUUGGGACCUUUGAUGCUUGCCUCAAGAUUUGUUUUAGUCGGAGAUCAUUACCAGCUUCCACCACUUGUUCAGAGCGUGGAAGCACGUGAAAAUGGAAUGUCCGUUAGCUUAUUUUGCAGGCUAUCGGAAACACAUCCUCAGGCAAUAUCAGCACUGCAGUGCCAGUAUCGAAUGUGCGCUGGUAUCAUGGAACUUUCAAAUGCAUUGAUAUACGGGAAUAGAUUACGGUGUGGUUCCUCUGAAGUUGCAGAUGCAAAGCUCAAAUUAUCUUGUAGUAAACCUGUCACAUUGUGGUUACAAGAGAUUCUGAAUGCAAACAAGCCAGUCAUCUUUGCAAGUACAGAUAUGCUUCCUGCUAACGAGGAAAGAGAAAAUACUACUGUAGUAAAUUAUACAGAGGCAUACAUCGUAGCAGAGAUUACUAAAGAACUAAUAAAGAGAGGCAUUGCUGGAGAUGACAUUGGGAUCAUUAGUCCAUACAAUUCACAGGUCAAUAUUAUACGGCAAAUUCUUGAUGCUUCUAUAGAGGUCCAGACAAUUGACAAAUAUCAGGGAAGGGACAAGGAUUGCAUACUCUUAUCAUUUGUACGCUCUUUGAAAAACUCCGGAUCCUGCAUUUCUUCUUUACUUGGCGAGUGGCAUCGGAUAAAUGUUGCUAUCACACGUGCAAAGAAGAAACUUAUCAUGGUUGGAUCUCGCAAAACGCUGUCUAAAAUUCCAUUGUUAAAGUUACUGAUCGAGAAAGUAAGUGAGCAGGAUGGCAUUGUACAUCUUUCCAACAAUGAUAUUCCUUGUUUGGAGAAACUAAAGAAGUCCUGCAAUCCAAAAAGUGUACAGUUGAUGAAAUCAUGAUCACCACAUUGGUAAUCUUUGCUCUUUUGACAGAACAUUCCACAAGUAUGGAGAUAAAUUUUGAAGGGUCGGAACAAACUGGUAACAGAUUAAGAAUGGUCUCUUUCAACAAUUUUUUGUCUGGUGGUGGGGUUGAGUCAACUGUGCUUGCAAUUUUAACUGGCUUAAGCUCAAUAAUCAUGUUGACGGAGCCCAAUGUGUCUUCUCCAGCUCAGAUAACAGUCUUUGUUGAGAACAUUCGACGAGCAGCUCCUGCUAAAAUCUCAAGCUAUAAUUUUCCCAACAUUGAAUUCUUCUUGUAUUCUGUUUUGGGUCCAUCUGAGCACAACAUGAAAAGUAUCUAGUGAACGAUGGUAAUUGUCAAUAGCUAUAUAUCUUAGCUGAAUGGGUAUUUGGAAAUUUGCAAGUAAUUGCUAGUUAUUUACAAGUGAAACUAGUAUUUUAAAUUAAUGAAAUCAUUUGCCCUUCUUAAUUUAAA